CAGACGCUCUCCUUCAAGCGACAAAGCUGCUCUGCGUGCAUCAGCCUACAUGGUUUUCGCCCCCAAGGAGGCUAUCCAUGAAGAACCACUGCUCACGCGCACCUUCGUGUCCUUUGCAUUCCUAGCGCAUGUUCGCUCCUUUCUCUGCUCUUCCUUCAUUCAUUUUUAAACUGUGAUCGAGAAAUUUCCCUAAGGUGCGUUUGUUCACCUUCGCGAUUCUAGAUUCUGCGCGUAGUGCAACGUCCCACGCCAGCGACUGAUUCCAUCGUUGGUAUCUGUUUCUCGAUCCUUGGAUACUCUGCACAAUGCGCCCAACCCCGAUUCGCCUGCGACGAUUGACGGAGUAGAGACGAGAAGACUCGAGUUGGCCACUCAGAGCCAUGUCCAGCUUAGCCAGCAGCAAUCAGUUCGACCAUCGUCACACAGAACUUCUCAAAGCGUCAAGCGCAGGUAAAGAGGAAGUUGUCUUCAGUCUCAUCGAUGGAGAAUUAUGGUCCACGCAGACGGAUCGCGAUGCGCUGCGACAGUCGUUGCAGCGCGUUGCUGGCCGUGGGAAUGCGCGACUGGCCCAAUAUCUGCUGGGCAAGGGAGCUGAGGUCAAUGUUAGGAGGGAUAGCGAAACAAGCGCUUUGUAUCAAGCUGCCCGGGCCGGCCACAACAAAGUGGUAGAGAUGCUACUUCGGCAUGGCGCAGUAACGGAGUGGAGGGACAAGGACGGUCGAACCGCGCUGUGGACGCCUGUCAUGAGAGGCUUUACUGAUACUGUUCAGCUGCUCCUUAAGGGUCGGGCGAACAUAAAUGCGCGCGACAAAGAGGGGAGGACGAUCCUGAUCCACCUUGCCGCUGAGAAGCCCGGCCGAUGGAUGCAGGACAAGAAGUUAGAGAUGGUGCAUCUGCUGUUAAAGAAUGGGGCAGACAUUGAAGCGAAGGAUUACACACGGAGGACAGCACUGAGCUGGGCGGCGGCGACAGGCAAGGCAGAGCUGUGUGAACUGUUGCUUGAGGGUAAAAGCGGGAAGAAGGCAGAUAUCAGAGCUCACAACAGCAAGCAGCAGACAGCGUUGCACUGGGCAUGCGAAAAUAACCACGAGGAAACGGUAAAGGUACUUCUGGAGCACAAUGCAGAUCCUGCUGCUCGAAGCGACGGGAACUGGACGCCGUUACACAUGGCUGCGCAAAGGGGACAUACCAAAGUGGUCAAGCUGUUGCUGGAACAGGGUGACAGGACGCCGGUCAACUCGCAGCUCACAAAUGGGAUGACAGCGCUCCACUGGGCGGCAUUUAGGGGACACAAGGAGGUGGUAGAAUUAUUGCUCCAAAGACCGGACACAAAACUAUGGUUGAAAGACACAUAUGACCGAACUGCUAUUCUUUGCGCCGCAGAGAACAAGCACCGAGACAUCGUCACACGGUUAUCUCCAGGGAUGACAGGUGACCGUUUGUCACAGAUUGAGAUGGAGGCCAGCAAAAGAUUCCAAGCGACCGUCGUCGAUUUCGGUGAGUUCCGCGAUGGCAAGAAGCAGCUCGUCUUCAAAGACCACAGCGUGUACGAAUUGCUCCAUGGCUGGGAUGCUGAGAAAAACAAGCCCCUUGUUGCUACGCACGUCAAGAGCGUGAGGCACCAACCAGCUUUCCGGUGGAUCCAUCUUCCAGCCAACAAUAUAGCAUGGGUUGAGACUCUGUUGGCGAAGGCGUUUGUGGAGGGAGGGUGCAAAGACAUUGAGGACUACAAGGCGCUGGAGAAAUGCUUUAACCAAGAGCACAGGGGUCCUGAGGCUCAUGCACAUUUCAUGAGACCAUGGAGCCAGCGAUAUGCCAUCUCUCCCUUCAGGGCAGAGAAGCCUAUUGAUCCUCCGCCGGAGAUAAUAGUCGGGUCGGAAAGAGGAGACGGACAAUUGGAGCAAUCGGCCGCCACACUGGUGAUCACACCAGCUGAAGGAGAUGCAGAGCUGUCUCCCAUCUCCACACCGAAAAGACCACCACCGUCGCCGCCAGGUACGGAGACUGCCGGGUCAGGACGCAAGAAACCAAAAAAAGUGAGGGAAACGAUUGAAGAUCGUCACGGCAAGACUCAAAAGAGGCGUAAUGGGCCGCAGAAUGACGGCCAAUCGAAGAGGCAGAAGGCCGCGGAGGCGAACAAGGCGCCGAGUGGAGCGCCAAAAAAUGCGCCCUCCACGCCAGGCGCGAACGGCAAGAUCGUGCUCUUCAUGCCUUUUUUACAUUAUGAGUCAGACGGGAAGCGCCGACGUAUGGCAGAAGCGGUUCAGCUCGCCCGCCGGCAUGAUGCUGAUCUCGAAUCGAUACCGGCGAAAGCGUGCGCCGACGAUCUGCUCAUUAAGGCGUACCUGAAUCACGAACCUCCACUCCACGUACGGCGGACACUUGACCAAUUCUUCUAUCACAGCAUCGAUACUUCCGAGCGCGAUGUGGAUCAGGUCGUAUAUCGGCACUUCAAGCGCAAUCUGAAAGAUAAAGAGCCCAUGGUCUUUAUGGUUGAUCAGCUGUGGAUGUGGAUCCUUGGAAAGGAACUCAUUGUGACAUCCUUCCCGCAACGGUGGGACCAACCCGCCAACGAGGAUCCGCUCAAUGUCCUCCUCGGCAUUAUCGAGGAUAUGAACGCGAAAACCAGACCUCCGGUCGGUAGCGUGUAUGAUCUCGCGAUGCUGAUCACGGGCCGAUGCUGCGGCGUCUUCGACAGGCAUCGACAGGGUAGCGAGGUCUACCAAUUUCUGGACAUGUUCGAAAUCGCAAUCGGACAGAUUACAAACCGUGAGGCCCGCCUGUUUGAGCGGUUCAAACUUGCGUCAGCUGCAACGUCAAUGUAUCUUAUGGACGUGAACUCCGUUCGCGAGUCACGCCGUUUUCCUGAGAUAUCUCCAUCGAGACGCAGCUGCUGGCUGAAAUCAAGGAUAUCCAAGACGAGCUCGCGAUACUGAACAUGGUGCUACAGUAUCAAAGCAACGUGCUCCCAGAAGUAGCAGACAACAUCAUAAGAGAGCUAGGAGGGAAGAAGAGUCACGCAGCCACGGAGGUAGAACGUAAAAUGAAAGAGCAGCUGAAGUUGAUCCAAAUACAUAUGAAGGACAUGGAGCGCAUGAGGAAGCAGACGCAGGGAAUAUACACAUCUCUCACCAAUCUGCUGGACCUUAAGCAGAAACACGCGAAUGCCUUCGAGGCUCGAUUCGCAUCAAACCAGGCGGCUCUAACAGCCAGGCAGGGGCAAACGGUGCUGUUGUUCACCAUCGUGACAAUCAUCUUUCUUCCCAUGAGCUUUAUUGCAUCCUUUUUCGCAAUUAACAUCAAGGACUGGGAGAACGCUGAUCGUGGACAAGGUCUGACGCUAGGCUACGUCAGCAAAUACAUCUUCAGCAUCAGCCUGGGAAUCUCCGUUCCGCUCAUCGCGGUGGCUUUCCUCUUCGAUGACAUCGCCAUCUUCUUGCGCAAGAAGACAAGAUGGCUGCGUCGCCGGAGGCGAUCUCAACCGAACAACGAAGCCAAGGAAGGAAGGCAGAUGAGCGACCUGGAGCACAAAGUUCAAGCCAUGCUCGAUGUCCCCCGUGCGUCCUUGGCUACGGGGAUAGCGAGGGAAGAAAAAAUCAGAAAAAGCUUCGAUGCGGCAGUGGCGUCUCCGAGAGACAAAGACAAAAUCGAGUGGGAACUCAUGGAGGGAAAGGAGGGACUGCGAGCGAGGAUGAGAAGAGAGAGCAGGGCCAGCCGUGGGAGUAAUUGGAGUAGGCCUCGCGUGAGCUUUGAAAGGAGGAGAAGAAGACCUAGCGAUGAUCUUGAAGGAGGUGUCGUACAAAGCAAUGGCAGUGCUAGGUUAGGGGAUUGAAUGAAAUGUCUACGCCGACAGACUCAAUCUAUAUAUAUACCCCCGCUUUUCGAUCGAACCUAUGAGAUAAUUUUUAGUCUUCGUACUUGCUAAUGUAAGAAAAUUGGUAUCACUUCUCGAAU